AUGGAGAGCGCAGACCCCCUGGAUGGCCUUCGCGGCCUGUACCAGGAUCUUUCUGCUCUUUCUGACUCGUCCCUUGUCAACAUAGACCGACUCCGCGUCGAGCUGGAGACUCACAUCCAUGAUUUUAGGUCCCUGCUUGACAAGCCCACAAAGAGCAAUGGAAGCCGAAUGACUGUUCUUUCUGGAAAGAUCACAAUUGACGAUGUGGAAUUCAAAGUCAACGAUGACUUCCAGCAAGGCACACUUCAGGUCGCCGAUGCGCUCGAUCUCGACGAAUUGUUGGCGGCAUUACUAUUCUUCAGGGCCCAGGAUCCUUCUCAAGACUUUGAUAGACCUCCAGUGAUAACGGCCAUCAUAAAUUUCCACCAGCGCCGGAACUUCUUGCUCGAAUCGCUGCGCCUCAUUUUCCAGGAAUCGUUCGAGGUAGAGCGCGAAGCGACACAGGAAAUUAUGCAGGUGAUGCUGGCCCAUGUUGUUGAGAUUAAGGACGGUCAGCUACGGAACGCAUCGCUCUAUACACGGAAGUGCCUGAAAUCUAUGGAGGACAUCGAGAAGUGGCUGUCGCUUCUAAAUGACCAGAUCCAGAAAGCUUCAAUCGUAGGGGAGUCCGAGGAUCAGCUGGUCAUGGAAGCUAUAGAACUCCAGCGCUUCGCCUUGCUCCAACAGCACGAAUCUCUCGGCGCGAUCUUGUGCUACCUUUUCAAAGGGCCGUAUACAAGCUCAGAGGAUCUUAGGAUCCUGCUGAAACACCUCAGGAAGCUCGAUCGGUUCGACGGAGUACUUGUCCACUAUGUCCCGGCUAUCAUCGCUUCCUUCGUUCAGCACGGGUCCCCUGAGCGCUCGGGCAACUACACUGAAGCUCGGAGCCUGAAUACUGCCGUUAUCGCCACCAAAGAUGGCCAGAACUGGGCGCAUCAACCUUUUCACUCGGCAGUCAUUGCACUUUGGCUUGCAGUUUACAGUGCCUGGGAUUAUGACGGCCCGUCGUCCGCCCCACCCGGAGUUGAUCUUGAGAAGGAAGCCGAAGAACGUACGAAAACAUUCAUGACUGCUUUAGACGAUGGAGGACUGGAUCUGUUGGUUUCAAUAUGCUCUGGUGUGAGUGGUGAAGAAUGGGGCGACCCAGCUCGCAGCGAGUUAGUGACAAUGCUAUUGAGGGAAAGCGCAUCGUGGUUGAAAGAGAGUGGAUCGGCGACCCUUGACGCAUACUCGUGCUCGCCAUAUUUAAAAACACUGUUGAUGGAGAACUUUGAGGUUUUUGCGGAGUCGUGCAUCGCUAAUAUGCCGGAUGCUGUUCGAAAACUGAAAACCGAAGAGGACUUGCAGCGGCUGGAUCAGAUUACCGCACUUCGGGAUGGGUUGACCUCCAACAUUCAUCGCGAUUUAGUGGAGGCCCGGACGCAUCUCGAAUCGUUUCUGCUGAUUAUGGCUUUUGCUUUUGAAGGCCGGCCAGACGCAGCACAGGAGUUUUGGGCCGACCCCGAUGGCAACCUAUACGGCUUCCUUCAAUGGUCUUCCAAGCGACAGACUGUGCCUAGGGUUAGCGCCUUCUGCGAACUACUUUGCUCGAUUUCUGGAGGAGAAGACAAUGCUGCAGCUGCACACCGGUUUUUAAUGGAGGAAGAUAAGUUCAUGUCCGCGAAAUUCAAGCGGUCUGCAUCCAUGAAUUGGUCACAAAUGUUUGCUGAACUUAAGAUAUAUGCGACGAGGGUUACUGAAAAGCCGUCAACGGCGCCGGCCAUUCAACGCGCCAGAAAGUUGGAGCCGGCUGAUAUGAGUGAGCCGGAGAGCCCUGUUAUGCUUUCAUGCUACUUACGACUCGUGGGACACCUCUCCAGACAGAGCACUGCCGUCCGGGAAUGGAUGCUCCAUCACCCGACUUUCGACAUUGUCAGCACGCUAUUGACGCUUUGUAGUGGGCCUUUACCAUCUCACUUGCGGGCAACGGUUUUCCAGGCGCUUGCUGGUUUGAUGACCGACAGGAGCGCUGUGGAUGGCAAUGACAUGUGGCUUUCGGUGGACCAAUGGAUCUCGAGCGGAGCUAUGAGCGCCUCUGCACAUAACAAGGUGCCCCUUGCCUCGAAUCCGCUCAUUUGGCAUGAAAAGCAGGCAUUUGAGAAGAUCGGCGAGAGCUUCGACCAGGCUAACGCCUUCGUGGUUCUUAUACUCUCUCUCGUCUCCCCGGCCACUGAUUCAGCCGAGUAUCCCCUCUGGGUACCAUUUCCGGAAUCACUUGGCUCUUCCUAUCGUAUGCCCGGCAUCGAGCCCUACAUCGACUUCAUCUUGGGUCAAGCGCUCUCGAAAAAGAUCCCUGAGCUCAAUGAUCGCCAAUCCCGACUGCUCACUUACAACUCCUUGGACUUUGUCUUAACAUGCCUGAAGUCCUUCAAUGAAACCAUUGUCACUACGCUCAACGGAACAUCGGCUACAGCGGAAUCCAAUCCCAAAACAUCGACACUCCUCCAAUAUGUUCGCCUCCAUCCUUUCGCGCGCGUGGCCGAAUGGCUAUAUAACGAAGACGUAAUAAAGACUAUCUUUGCGACAGCGAACCAAGACAUUGCCGAAGUUUCGAGAGCUCCGCCUCACUCCAUCUUGGUAUCAUCCUUGGUUAAGAGCAUUGAGGUUAUGGAUUUGAUUAUCGAUCUCCAGUCCACCUAUUUCAAUAUCGUCCGACCAUUCAUCAAAUCACAACCUGGGAGCAGGCUCAAUGUCGCCAACUCUUCACUCUCCGCGUUUGAGGACUGCGUUCUGAACAACCUUCAAAUAAUCCCAAAACUGUGCUUGUAUUGCGGUACAGGCCACGAACAGCUUACGGUCUCUUCGUUAGCCCUGUUGGCCAAGCUGUCCAGCUCCACCCGUCUCAACAAGCUUUCUUCUCCCGAAUUGUCCAGGUGGCGUUCGUCGAAUAAGAUUGUGGAAGUUUUGAGCUCAGAAAACUUGGACAGCAUCUCUCUUCCCUUUAUAUCUCAGAUGGAGCCUGAAGUUAGGGAACUUGAUGCUGGACCGCUAGCCACGGGCUUCAUCGUACGUCAAAGUCUCAUGGGGCUUAUUAAUAGCUCUUUAAGUAUGAUCACAGACCGACCUACGGUCGCCCACUUGCUUCUUGGUUUUGGUAGUGUGGGGAACAUUCUCGACGUGCCUGCUGAUGGCUUGUUCUCCAAUGGAAGGUCUCUGCUGCACGCCAUCGUAGGUUUUGUGCAAAGUUAUCCUGACCAAGUCGAGGACAACAUCGUGCCGUGGAUGCUGCAUACAAAACGUACAGCCUUUGAGGUGUUGAAGCAUCUAUGGUCGUCCAAGCUCUCUUCGUACUUCACCCUAACGGAGAUGCGUGCUGCUGGCUUCCUUGUCGGCUUAUUUACAAGCCAGCCUUUGGUUGGGCCACACACCCUCUGGGAUGGCUUACCAGUUGCCGCAGAGCAAUUCUGGGUCUGUGACUCAACGGAUGCGCUUUCUGAAUUUCUGCUGUAUCGAAGUUAUCUUUUCGACUAUGCAGCAACGGAGAUCCGUUCUGCGGCAAAGAUCAAUUCACCCACCUUACUGGCAACUAUCCUAGCUACAUUGUUUGGGAGUUCUACUUCAGAUAACGGAACGACCAUCGCAAACCCGACGGUCUUUGACCUUUUUGACUUUGCGGACCUCGAUCUUCAGUUCCACGCUCGGCCGCCGAAUGUAGAAUACCUUAGCGGCCUCGACAUUGACAUGUGCGAGGACAAGGUAGAGGACGGCGCUAUGCUAUUAUAUAACGUUGACCAGGUGAAAGAACUCGUCAAAGCCAGAAGAGGGGAGCUACUGGCAAGUGGGGGGUUGCGUCCACAGGAUGAUGAACUGUUCAUGGCUGAGGCGGACAAUCUCAUUGAAUUCCUGCGAGCAAGAAAUCAAUCACGCCAAAUCAAUUUCAACCGGCACAUGGCACUCGGCUCCUGGGCCGAGCUACUGACCACGAUACUAAAGUGCUCCGAACUUGACGGAGGCCGAAAGUCAACAUUUAUCCUACACGCCAUUCAACUAAUCCUACCGAAGCUUGAGACUGCCAUCGAGGAUGACCUCCCAGAAGGCCUUGAUCUCGCCCGAUUAGCCGAAUUUCUGGUCGAGAGUCUAGAUACAGCACCAGCCAAAGUGGCCCCCUCCAGAAGAAACGGCGACCUAAUAGAUGAGAAACUCCAUCAGCUAUUCCAGAUCUGUGUGCGAGGUCUUAUCCUGUCCAAUGGGGGUGUCCAUCUGAAGGAGACUUUCCACAACAUUUGCUCAAUCUACGUUUCCCGAAUCGUCUCUCCUGGCACCGGGAACGAGAGCAUGAGACAGCACAGCCAGCAAGUAGUCCGAUCUGCGGGCCGCGCUCUGAUUGAGGCCAUUUGUGACGACGCCUAUACCGGUCAGGAAACUUGCCGAGUGGCAGCUGUUUUACUGCUCAAUUCUUUGGCCGCUCUGGAUAAACAGGCCGACGCGACUUUGGCUGAAUCGUUGGCCCAGUCUAACUACCUGAGUUUGUUCCUGGAUAGCAUUCGAGUAUUACCACUCGAGUUAAAGAAUGCUCCAGCCAGCGAUACACCUAUACUCUUAUCAUACUACCAGUCUUUGUUCUCCUUAUUGCAACAACUCUGUCAAACCAAACCCGGCGCGACCCACGUAUGGAAGGGUGGCCUUCUCCAAGCAGUGCAGGACUCACAGCUGUUUGCUGCGGAUCCUGAUCUUGGUAUCGAUAUUGACAACGCCGACGCCCUACGGAAAUACUACGAUCUACUCGACUCGGUCCUCCGUGUCAUUGUCACAGCGACGUUCUCUCGGGGGCUGCAGAACGAGCUGAUGAUCGAACAAAUUCGAACCUUUCUAACGGAGAACAGACAGAGCAUGGUCGGUGUAUUCAAGCGUUUUGCCAAGGUCGGAGGAUCCGGUGCCGCCGAUCAUCACGACGCGCUCACCAGCAUCGCGAAGUCAUAUACUGCCCUGGUCGCUGCCACAGACUUCUUAGAGGCUGAGGAGAGUGAAGUCGCGCAGCACAUUGGGCCGAAGCUGUUUGCAUAA